CCCCCGUCUCCCCCGCUCCGGACGCAUCCAGUCGCCUCACGUGCGCGCCUCUAACUCGCCGCUCCGGUCAACCCGCCGCCGCAUGCAGCAGCACGGACAGUACUACUACUACUAGAUGUAGAUCGUCCAAUCCGAAGGCAUUCCUCCCCUCCCCGUCGGGCCACCGCACCCACGGCCUGCCUGCCACAGUGUCCGUCCCAUAGUUUAUUCUCUCCUUCCGCUGCGCUUCUCUCCCGCAUUGGUUUAAAGGAGGGAGGUCCACGGACGGAGGGGAGAGAGGCGGUCCCCCGAUGGCCCUGCGUCCCUCGCCGGCCUCCUCCCCCCACGCAUUGCCGGAUUCCAGGGCUCCCCGCGCGCCGCCGCCAAGUGGGCUGCUCUGGCAGGAGUAGUACGGGGGGUUUGCCCGCUGCUUCUUGGCUGGGUUGGCCGAGGGCUUUGGUUUGGGAUCGCCGGAGCGCCAGGAUCCGGAGGUUCCCUCCAGGCUAACUAAAGGUGGGUGUAUACAUACGUUGCGGCAUUGCCUGUUUGGGGUCCGUCGGAUCGUGCCGAGGAAGAUCGGCCCGAAACCGCAUCUUCUCGUGCCUCUGCAUUCUCUGUCAGCGGGCUGAUUCUUUAACAUUUGAUUUGACUGUCGAAUUUGGUGCUCGGUCUUGAAAUUCAGAAAGGAGAAGAGCCUUUGCUAGGUUCAGCAAUCGAUGGCCUCCGCGGGUGAGGGAAAAAUGAAGGGUUGCCGCCCCAAACUUUUCGGUGCAAAGGAGAAGAAAUCUGCAAAGAGGACCGACAGUCCAAGCUGCAAUGCAGCAGCUGAGCUUGGACCAAGUCCUUCUAAGACAGUAUCCGCUUCCCCCUUGAGAACACUUUCAGGAGUUAAGAGCAUACGUCUCAGCCAUUUCCUGGCCCAACCUUCUUCUAUUAAUAGAACAACUGAGCCCAUCAGAAUUUUUGUCUCUACCUGGAACGUCGGUGGGAAAGCACCUACUGCUGAACUGAACAUGGAUGAUUUUGUUCCACCUGAUGAUCAUUCAGAUAUUUAUGUGUUGGGUUUUCAGGAAAUUGUUCCUCUCAAUGCUGGUAAUGUGCUUGUGAUAGAAGACAAUGAACCAGCUGCAAGGUGGCUUGUUCUUAUAAACCAAGCACUAAACCGGCCAGCUCAUAAUGAUACCAAUGUCUUUCAGCGUCCGACAUCUCCAUCUGUCGAUUCUACUUCAUCUCGAGCUUCUUCAAGCCUCGAGACUUCAUUCUCUGAAUUAACAAAAACAGCAAGUGGUUCCGCAAUCUUCCAGAAAUCUUCCCUCAAAGCCAUUAGAAAACCUUUCAUGCCAAUGCAGAGAAAACGGCUUAAGGCCUGCAACUGCCCAGCAGAAAUGAUCAAAUCAUCGUACAGGGAUGCUUGCUUUCGGCGCCCGAAAAAACAUGCUGACGAGACUGAUUCCUCGGGAGAGGAAGAGAAAGAGAACACGAGGGAUUCUUGCGGCUCUGUGCUAAGUGAAGUAACUUCCGCUCCCACCGCAAGGGAUAAGCUAAAAUAUAACCUCAUAGUAUGCAAACAAAUGGUUGGUAUUUUUGUCACUGUGUGGGUAAAGAAAGAACUAGUGCAACACAUCGGCCAUCUAAGAACGUCUUGCAUAGGGCGAGGAAUUCUUGGCUGUCUUGGAAACAAGGGAUGUAUAUCAGUAAGCAUGACAGUGCACCAGACAAGCUUUUGUUUCAUCUGCAGCCAUUUGGCUUCAGGUCAGAAAGAAGGGGAUGAAUUCAGAAGAAACUCUGAUGUUCUAGAGAUAAUGCGGCUCACACUGUUUUCGAGGCUUUGCAGGAGAAUUGGGCGAAGAAUUCCUGAGAAAAUUCUUGAGCAUGAUAAGGUAAUAUGGUUUGGGGAUUUGAACUACCGUAUUGCACUGAGCUAUGAAGAUACGAAAAGGCUUUUGACGGAAAAUAAUUGGGAUGCCCUUUUCGAAAAGGAUCAGCUAAAAAUUGAACGAGAUGCUGGACGAGUGUUCAGGGGAUGGAAUGAGGGGAAGAUAUAUUUUGCUCCCACAUACAAGUACUCCUCUAACUCGGAUGCGUAUGCUGGUGAGACUGCAACAUCAAACAAAAAGAGGAGAACGCCAGCAUGGUGUGAUAGAAUAUUGUGGCAAGGAGACGGCACUUCACAGUUGUCCUACUACCGUGGAGAGUCCCGAUUUUCAGAUCAUCGUCCUGUCUGUGGAACCUUCAUUGUCGAGGUUGAGGCACUAAACAGAAAGACAAAGAGGCGUUCAUCUAAUGCUGACAUGAAAAUCGGUGCUGAAGAACUUUUACCAACGGACAAGAAUAAGGGUAAAGGCACAUCACGGAGCGUGAGCUUCCACAAAAUAACACAAUAAUGUGCAUGCCAGUUCUACAAAGAAAAACGUAUAUGCAUCACGUUGUCAAGAAUCGUGCAUAGAUUCUAUUUGGACGACGGUUAAAAACCGGCCUGAUGCUCCUGUUUCAAACAGGGCAACAGACUCUGGAAGUGGAAGGAUAAUGUCUAGUUUUCAUUCCAAUUUUUCCAACGCAGUCCAAAAGAAAAAAAAGACAGGUCUCCUUUUAAAGGAAGUGAUUUGGUUAUAUACCUGAUAGGAUUAAACUAGCCAAUAUUCUUUGGUCUGUAAUUUUUCCAGUUGUAAGUAUAAUUGUACUAUGAGUCUAUGACAGGAUGAAGCAACAAUCUUUUUUUCACGGCAAUUUUUUAAACAAGCCACGAGCAUUUUGAAAUGCACAUGAUGUUCUUUCCUCCUUUCUACCGAUUUCGUAGCAUUGUGUGUCUUGCAACUGUGUACUCUGAUUCAAAAGACAGAUAGAGUUAGGUAAUAGAGAUGCACAUAGGUGGAUGGAUUCAUAAUGUAUUACCCAUAUACUAGUAUGAAGCUGGAGCAUGCUA